AUGCGGUUCAGCGUCCUCACGAUCGUACUGUCGGCCCUGGCGGCUGCAGCCGGCGCGACGCCGCUACGGCCAAGAACUCUCAAUCAUGUUGUACAUGAAGAGAGACUGACAGUGCGAAGCAGCUGGGCGAAAGCUCAUCGUCUCCACGUCACCGCGGUUUUACCAGUCCGGAUAGGCCUGACACAACAAAACCUCCAUCGAGCUGAGGAACUAAUUUAUGAUGUCUCUCAUCCUGAUUCCCCCAACUACGGCAAGCAUUGGUCGCCGGAGAGAGUUGUUGACAUGUUCAGCCCCAAACGGGAGGCCGUGGACUCGGUGCUGGACUGGCUACAGAUGGAAGGGAUUCACCCGAGUAGGAUAAAAAUGUCGACAUCCAAAAGCUGGAUCACUUUCAACGCGACGGUGCGGGAGAUGGAGCAGAUGCUCAAGACAAAAUACCACGUCUACAAACACUUGACUGUGGCGAACACUCGCCACGUAGCUUGCGACAAGUAUCAUAUACCCGAACACCUUGUGGACCAUGUCGAUUUCAUAACGCCUACGGUGCACUUUGACCAGCGUGUCGGACAAGGCCGGAACAACAGAUAUGAGGAUCUCCCAGAGGACUCUAUUUCAGAGCUCAAGAAGAGGUCUGCAGAACUGCGAAAACGGCAGCGACCCGAAAAGGGCAUCGUCGGCAAGCCCGACGACAGCAGCAACCCCAAACAGGGUGCAUUUGUCGACAAUGCUCUGAUGGAUCUCUCACAAUGCGAUUCAAUGAUUACACCAGCCUGUCUGCGAGCUCUCUAUGCAACGCCACCGGGCAGCCUCUCGGCCAGCAACAACACUCUUGGUAUCGUGGAGUAUACCCCCCAGGCUUUCCUCCAAUCGGAUCUGGAUAUGUACUUCAAAGAGUUCGAGCCCAAGUUGGACGGGAAGCCUCCAAUCGUGACGCUGCUUGACAACGGCGUCGUGCAAACCCAGAACAAGAGUUUCCAAUUCAAUGGCGAAUCAGCGCUGGAUUUAGAAUUCGCCAUGGCCCUGAUAUAUCCCCAGCAGGCCACAUUGUACCAGGUGGGCGAUCUCGUCCAGAGCGCAAGCUUCAACAACUUUUUGGACGGCAUCGACGGCAGCUACUGCCAGUUCGAAGGCGGCGACAGCAAGGACCCCAACAUCGACGGCCAGUAUCCAGACCAGGUCAACUGCGGUACAACCAGACCCACGAAUGUGAUAUCCACUAGCUACGGCUUCAACGAGGCUGAUUUGGGUAUCAAAUACGAGAAGCGUCAGUGUGACGAGUACAUGAAGUUGGCACUUCAGGGCGUGACAGUCAUUUAUUCAUCGGGUGACUUUGGAGUAGCAGGCAACGGAGGCCAAUGCAUUGACCCGGUCACCGGAGCAUACAAUAACGGUUCCAGCGGGAUGUUCAACCCGUCCUUUCCGGGAGGCUGCCCUUGGGUGACGUCUGUGGGUGCGACUCAAAUUUUGAACGGGUCAACUGUGAGAACCCCCGAAAGCGCCUGUGAGCGAGUCAUCUUUUCGGGCGGAGGAUUCUCGAACGUCUUCGCGAUGCCAUCCUACCAGGAGAAAGCAGUGGGCACAUACUUCGCCGAGCAUGCGCCCUCGUACGGCGCAGACCGCUUCAACAAUUCGAAGGUGGUUAGGGGCUUCCCAGACGUCAGUGCUAAUGGAGCCAAUUAUGUAACGGCCGUGAAUGGACGUUUCUCGCUGUCCUUUGGUACAUCAGCGUCCGCCCCCGUUUUUGCAUCGAUUAUAAACAUGGUCAACGAGAAGCGCAUCGAGGCCGGCAAGGGACCUGUCGGGUUUGUUAAUCCGGCGCUAUAUGCCAACCCACAGGUUCUCAACGACGUGACAAACGGGAAGAACCCUGGCUGUGGUACGGACGGGUUCUCGGCUGUGCAGGGCUGGGACCCGCUGACCGGGCUCGGGACGCCGAAUUACCCUCAACUGGAGGCUUUAUUCAUGACUCUGCCCUGA